AUGUCAGAACAAGUUAACUGGAAUGCGGCGCGCUUGCACCACCCCUUGCCAAUCAAUAUUGUCAUUCGAGUUGGAACCUCCCAUUUCUGGCCGGGGGACACAUUGUAUCAUUUCGUGCUUGACCCAAAUCCCGCGUAUGUCCCAGGACGAGAGACUUCUCUAUACAACCUUCCAUACUUGGUGCAGCCCACUCUAGUGCAGACAAUAUGUUCUCCAGUGCCGACGAUAUGCUCUCCAGUGUGGUCAGAGAUGAAGUCGGACUUUGCUCUCGGACGAUAUGGUACUAUGCUCUUACUUGACAACCAUAACCCAGACGGAAUGGUGUAUAGGGACUUCCGACAUCAGCGACUUGCAGUACGGAUACUGACGACUACAGGAGGAUCCUCGACUAGCCAGCAUGGCUCACAUCGUUCCACGGCAUUUCGCGUACGAGGCGGCAACUAUUGGAACGGGGUAGCGAUUGAUGAGGAGUCUGGGAGAAUUGUGGUUAGUGAUGUGGCCGGUACGAUAACACUCUUCGAAUAUCUUUAA